CACACACGACGCGUCAUCUAUAGAUACCCCACCAAACACACCGCCUGGCGCCUGCACACACCCAACCCCUGCAGUUGUUUUCGCCUCAAAGUAACGGCAUGACUGCCGGUAAUCGCGCGCGCGACAUGACUGUGGUCGACGGCGACGACGGCGAGGCGGCGCCCGGGAGCGGGCAGACGGUGUGCGUGACCGGCGCCGGCGGGUACAUCGGGUCGUGGAUCGUCAAGCUCCUCCUGGAGCGGGGCUACACCGUCAGAGGCACCGUGCGCAACCCUGAUGACGCGAAGAACGCGCACCUGAGGGCACUCCCCGGCGCGGCGGAGAGGCUGGCCCUGUGCAGGGCCGACCUGCUCGACAGCGACGCGCUGCGGGCGGCCAUCGCCGGCUGCCACGGCGUGUUCCACACCGCGUCGCCGGUAACCGACGAUCCGGAGGAGAUGAUGGAGCCGGCGGUGAGGGGGACGCGUUAUGUCAUCGACGCCGUGGCGGAGGCCGGCACGGUCCGACGCGUCGUGCUGACGUCGUCGAUCGGCGCGGUCGCUAUGGACCCCAACCGCGCGCCGGACGCCGUGGUCGACGAGUCGUGCUGGAGCGACCUCGAGUUCUGCAAGAAGACCAAGAACUGGUAUUGCUAUGGGAAGACGGUGGCGGAGCAGGCGGCGUGGGAGGCCGCGGCGGCGCGCGGGGUGGACCUGGUGGUGGUGACCCCGGUGCUGGUGCAGGGCCCGGCGCUGCAGCCGGCGGUGAACGCGAGCCUGAUGCACGUGCUCAAGUACCUCAACGGGUCGGCCAAGACGUACGCCAACGCCGUGCAGGCGUACGUCCACGUCCGCGACACCGCCGACGCGCACGUCCGCGUCUUCGAGGCGCCCGGCGCCGCCGGGCGCUACAUCUGCGCCGACGCCGUGCUCCACCGCGAGGACGUCGUCAGGAUCCUCCACAAGUUCUUCCCGGACUACCCCGUCCCCGAAAGGUGCUCGGACGAGGUGAACCCGAGGAAGCAGCCUUACAAGAUAUCCAACCAGCGCCUCCGGGACCUGGGCCUCGAGUUCACGCCGGCGGCGCAGUGCCUGUACGACACCGUCAUAAGCUUCCAGGAGAAGGGCAUCCUCCCCGUUCCUGCCCCGUCGUCCCCGCGUCCCUGAGCUAUAUGGAUGUCCAGCUUGGCCCUCGCAGAAACGAUCUAGUGCAUGGCAUGGCAUGCAAACUAUUCCAGUGGCUGAUGCUGGAGUUCUUGUCAAGUUGCAGCUUGCAAGCGAUGCAUGGGUGUGAUGAACUAUGUAUGGGUAUCUGUACCUAAAGUGUCGGUUGCGUUUACGAAUGCAACAAGAAAUAACAGUGUGAAUAACUUUUAUGCUGGUAUAUGUACCUUAAGUGUCGCCGGCGAGCAGCGCCUCCUCCUCCGUCGCUAGCGUCAUCUCCGACGACCUUUCGCGUGCAGUGCUCCAGUUUCAAUCGCCUGA